AUGGCGGUAGAAGAAGAGCGGAAAGGUCCCGAUUUUGAACGGAUUGGUCUGUUUAAAGAAAUGAGUUAUCACACGGAAUAUAUUGCUCCCAGAGUUGUUUUCAACGAGUCGUCUAAAAAAGGAGCACAAAUGAUGACAAAUGCUACCCGCAGCAAAAGCGGUAAUCAAGAUGGUUACUUUGCCGAAGAGUUUCAAAGAGCAUUUGAAGGGGAAGCACUUGCUGACCCGAUUCGAUUGAGAAGAAAAAAUAGAAUAGAACAAGCAGCAAAGAACCUUCCACCGGGACAUUUCAAGCAAUCAUCACCAGCCAAAAAACCGUCUGGUAAAGGAUCUUUGUAUGGAACGAUAGGCGGACCAAUCGAAUACUUCAACAGCCAAACUCGAGAACGAGAGAAAACUGAACCCCCUCCUAAAAACGUUCUUGUCAACCCAGCACAGAAGGGUACAGGAUACGGGUAUCCAAAUGUAACCAUAGGUAAACCUCCACCUUAUUUCAUGGAAGAUGAAUAUGAAACACUUAAAAAUACUCCGGCAACGCCAAAGAAAGUAGAACCUAGACCUUUCCCGCCUUAUAGAGCCGGAUUGUUCCAACAAGGUUUCUUUGACACUAACCCUUGGAAAUGCAUUGAAGAACAAGAAAUAAAAGAACCCGCAGAGAAAGAAGAAAAAACAUUCCGACCUUAUAUUCCUCCUGGUCCGUCCAAAAAGGAUGGUGGCAUGAAAGCUGGUUGCUUUAGCCCUUUUCCAGAAUGGGUUGGUGACCCCGUGCCUACGGUUGAAGGAGUACCUCGUGGAGUACGACAUUACCUGAACGCUCAGAACCAGAUGUUUCGUCCUGUUCCAGGUCCAAAGCCAUACCCAGUCAAGUCCAUUAUUACCAAAAACAUACAAAAGUAA